AAUCGCUCCUGAUAACUGAAUCCUGUCAGUCCGAACUUUAGCAUCGCGAUGGUUAGUGUGAAAUUUUUCCUAGGUGUCUUAUUUCUGGUGCUAACAGGCAACGAUUUAACUGUUGAAGCAGCUCCUCAGUUCGGUAAUAAUGUGUUUGUGGUUCGUGUUCUCCGUACAUUGAGUAAAGCGUUCUGUUUCUUUGCAGAUUUGAUGGGUGGUUACGACUUCCUCGGAGUUUGCAUCAAUAACUGUGCCCAGUGUAAGAAGAUGUAUGGCGCAUAUUUUGAGGGGCAAUUGUGUGCGGAUUCGUGCAUCAAGUUCCGCGGGAAAAUCAUGCCGGAUUGUGAGGAUAUUGGUUCGAUUGCUCCCUUCCUAAGCAAACUGGAGCUGCACUAAGUGAUGUGAUUGAAAACAUGAUGCUUUGAUAUAUGGUAA